UGAGCGCAACUGAAGUCCACUCUCAAUGACCCUCGCAAGGCCGUUAGGACCAAGAUAGUGUAGUAGGAAUCAUGAUCUCCCUAUACUCUGUUGUAUUCACACUGGUGCUGUUCUCUGAGUUUAGCACCCGCUUGGCCGUCUUAGCUGUACCAACAGGCAAGCUGGAGGAGGGUAGGACAGAGCAGGAGAGCCUGCGUUCCAUACUAGGCGAAGACACGAUGAGCGACAACGCUCUGGCUGCCCCGAGGUUCAGACGGGAGCCCAUCCUGGACAACGGACUCGGGCUGGACGAAGAGGGGAACACAAAGAUCUUCAUCCUCUCAGACAUCAGACUGAAAGGGCACACCAGACGUGGCAUGAACACAGCUUUCUCCCGAGCCCUUCCUGUCCUCCCAGACAGAGGAAGAGAUCACGCUCCUACUGAAAAUAGCCUGAAAGUAGAGCGCAGGGAGGACGACCUUGAUAUGCUCCGAUGCAUGAUAGGUCGAGUGUACAGACCCUGUUGGCAAAGAUAAGAAGAGUGUGGUGGAUCAUACACUGCUGCCCUGCCGUCUGUC